AACUCUCUCCUUGUCUUUUAUCUUAGGAGAUAUGAAUCUUCUCUUUCUGUUACUUCCCAUGUGGGCAUGUACCUUCUCUUUGUUGUCAAUUACAUUUCUUGCCAGACCAGAGUCAACUGUUUACCCUAUUUCUGCUUCCGUUUUUCUUUCUAAACAAAACCCCAUUUCUCAGUUUUCUUCAGAAAUGGAAGCUGUUUCUCCAGGAGUUGCUGUGGUUAGAGUAGUGCAGCACCAGGAUUUAAACAAGAGAAUUCUUAUAGCUUUGAUUGUUGCCUCCACUCUCCUUGGUGGAAUAUUGCUCCUUUUGUUAUGUUUCUGGAUCCGUAGACAGAAAAUCUUGAAGAAUUCCAAUGGGAAAAGCAAACACAACCUGGAACCUACAAAAGCAAUUUCAUUGAGUCCAAUUGUGGAUCGGUUUAAUUCCUUAUGGAUGGCUGGCAAAAAGGGUUCAGUAGCUGUUGUUAUUGAGUAUCAGUUAUUGGAAGCUGCAACAAACAAUUUCCGGGAAAGUAAUGUCUUGGGUGAAGGUGGUCGUGGACGUGUCUACAAAGCUCGUUUUGAUGAGAAAUUUCUUGCUGCUGUGAAAAAAUUAGAUGGUGGAGGACAAGAUACUGAAAGAGAAUUUGAGAAUGAGAUGGAGUGGUUGGUCAAAAUCCAGCAUCAGAAUAUAGUUUCGCUAUUGGGUUACUGUAUCCAUGGUGAAACAAGAUUUCUUGUAUAUGAAAUGAUGCAAAAUGGUUCUUUGGAGAGCCAAUUGCAUGGACCUACUCAAGGAUCAGCUUUAACCUGGAAUUUACGAAUGAAAAUUGCAAUUGAUAUUGCAAGAGCAUUAGAAUAUCUUCAUGAGCACUGCAAUCCACCUGUUGUCCAUCGAGAUAUAAAGUCAUCUAACAUUCUUCUGGAUUCCAAGUUCAAUGCAAAGCUGUCAGACUUUGGCCUUGCUGUGGCUACUGGAUCCCAAAACAAAAACAUAAAGUUGUCAGGAACAUUAGGCUACGUAGCUCCAGAGUACCUCUUAGAGGGAAAAUUGACUGAUAAAAGUGAUGUAUAUGCUUUUGGAGUCGUCCUUUUGGAGCUGCUAAUUGGAAAGAAACCACUGGAGAAAAUGUCAUCAACUCAGUGCCAAUCUCUUGUCACAUGGGCUAUGCCCCAGCUUACUGACAGAUCGAAGCUUCCAAACAUAGUGGAUCCAAUAAUAAAAGACACAAUGGAUUUAAAGCACCUAUAUCAGGUUGCUGCUGUUGCUGUGCUGUGCAUACAACCUGAACCAAGUUAUAGGCCACUUAUAACUGAUGUCCUGCACUCCCUCAUCCCUCUUGUACCUAUGGAACUUGGAGGUUCAUUAAGAGUUACAUAGUCCGUCCCUCUUCUCUUGCCCCUCUUUUGCACUGGUUAUACAAAUCGGAACUUGGAUGGUGAUGUCCUCACAUUCACUUGCAUCUGAUCUUCUUUGCUACAAGAUUGCAUUGAUAGCCUCGUCUCUUAUGUGCUGCUCAUUCAUUUCCACAUGAACUUUUCCUCUGGGGAACUGCAGCAAUUCAAUUAUGCAUUGGUGGUGCUUUAACGCAACUCCUAUCAUAGAGCCACUUCUGACUUCACUAAGAAGGUUAUCCUCCCUGAUCUGUAGUAUUGUGAUCAUUGUACUCAUGAGAGGGGAAAAAAAAAGAGAUUAGAACAUGAAAUUCUCGAUGUAAUAUCUAAAUUAAUUAAAUCUUAUUACUAUCAAUCGAAGCUGAUGCAAAUUGCAAGCAUUAUCCUCUUACAACUUUGUACUUAUAGACAUGUCAAGGACGACAAUAAUCUUUGUUUAGUAAAGUUAUACUAUCAUUACUGUGAUGAAGCUGAUAACUAAAAGCAUCUAGCUUGAAGCAUGCUUUAACUGUAUGCAUGAAGGCUUGAGGUUGAUGUUGUCUGGUUCAUCCUUUUAUUGCUAAAGUUCAUCGAGUCUCAUUACAUGAGUCAUGAAUUUAAUACCCUAAUAGUUGGUAAACUCUGUCUAUCUGAUUUGAUACUUAUUUUUUUGUGGCCAAAUUUUCAUUUGAUUCUUCAAGGGUUCCCUUAUUUUUACUUUCAGGUCAGCAAAGACAGGUAAAGAAUUCAUGAUCCAUCCAUUAUUUUUUCAGACAAAAGAUUCAAAUCCAAUUUCAGAUGAAGAGUGAACGCUCCUUUUGGUGUUGUGCCAUUAAUAUCUAAUAAAAUAGGUUGUAUGU